AUGCUGGAAGAAUUAUUUAAGCCAUCAGUUGAUAAAAUCAUUAGCAAGUUGGUUGAAAUACUAAAUAAAUGUGAUGAAAAUGAAAUCAAAACAAUCAUUUUAGUUGGAGGAUACAGUGAAUCUCCCUAUGUAAGGGAGAGAAUUCAAUCACAGUUCAGAAAUAUGAGAGUUAUCCUUGUAGAUGAUGCUAGACUGGCUGUGUUAAAUGGGGCAGUGAUGAUGGGCUGGAAACCUAAAAAUAUCAUACAACGUAAGUCCAGGUACUCUUAUGGAUUUGCAAAUAAAAGACAAUUCAGAGUGGGAAUAGAUCCAAUUCAACUUAUGAUUAUUUGUGAUGGGGUCUUAUGUUGUGACAUGAUAUAUUGGAAGAUGAUUGAAAAAGGUCAGAUAGUGGAGUAUGGACAGACAUUUAAAUAUGAAGGGUAUGAUAUAACCACUACAGUAGAAAAAUGUAUUGAGAGAUAUGUAUUUCUAUUUAGAUCUACCCGUGAAGAUCCUCAUUACUGUAUAGAGGAGUGCUGUAGCGAAGUAGGAACAAUAAAAAUUCUACCACCAUCAGGUGGAUGGCCAGAUAGGUGGAAAUUUCAUCUACACCUUAUUGUUGGUGAAACUGAGUUCACUGUAAAGUAUUUGAAUCUUAAUACAGGACAGGAAUAUGAAGCACAAAUGGAUUUUCUGUAA